AAUCAUAUGAUUCAAUUGCUUAAGCUGUUCUCGUCUGGGCCAAUCAGGCUUGGGAGUAGACGGGCAGUUCCGGGCGCUGGUAGUUGCUAGGGGCGGAAUGUCUCCCUGACAACCAGGGCUACCCGAACGGAGACGAGACUCCUAAACAAACUUCUCCAAACAGCGAGAGCAGAAAGCUUUAAAAUGGCUGAACCAGCAGAAAGCAAGAAGGAGGAGGCCGACUACAAGAGAGUGCACAGCUUCCCUCUCGUCCGGCACACAGACAUGCCAGAGGAGAUGAGAGUAGAGACUAUGGAGCUCUGUGUCACUGCUUGUGAGAAAUACGCCACAAACAAUGAGAACGCCGCUAAGAUGAUCAAGGAGUCCAUGGAUAAGAAGUUCGGCUCUUCGUGGCACGUAGUGAUUGGGGAGGGCUUCGGGUUUGAGGUGACCCACGAGGUGAAGAACCUGCUCUACAUGUUCUUCGGAGGGAGCCUGGCCGUGUGCGUGUGGAAGUGCUCCUAGCAGAGCCACACUCAGCAAAGCCCAGGGACUCGCAAUCUCUCUCUCUCUGGAUCAGGUUUAUUCAUGAGCUGUAGAUCCAUGCUAAGCUCACACUACUUUAUUGUUCUAAAGUUAAACUGUAGGAAAUGAAGCGUUUACUCCUGAGAAACAUUCACAUUACAAAAUGGCUUUAAAGUGCUUGUAGCUAAUCACAUAAUUAUAUAUCUUACCUGGUUUGUUUGGUUUCCAUUAGCUACAUACAAGUAUGGCCAAAAGUUUUGCAUCACCUCGAAUUUUGGGAUUGAGACAUCAUUUAAAAAAUAUAUAUGAGCAUCAUUUUUUAUCUUUUAUUUAACAUCAUGUAAUCAAAGAAACUAUAAAAUGAUAUCACGAAAGUCUCCUGCAAGCCAUAAUAGUAGUACAUUAGUAUUUCAUGUUAGAUUUCAAAAUUUCACAAACUACAAAGCGGUGUGUAAUUCAAUGUAUUAACGUAACGUUAUUCAGCAGGUUUCAUUCGACUUUAUAAAGCAAAAUUAGUUCAUUCUGUAGGGGGGUGCAACACUUUUGGCCAGAGCUGUAAGUCUCAAGCAUGCAGUUUUGAAAGAAAGGCAUAGUGUAACAUGUAUUUUCCUUGUUAUGUGCUAUUAAUUAGUCAAUUAGCAUAUGCUUUUAUUACAACAGGACCUCGGUUUUCCGUCUCCUCUGAAAUAGUUUCCAGGCUUUGGUCUCAAGAAAUCUGGAGCACUAGCAGUGUCAGCCGGUAGGGGAAGCUGCUGGCUGGUUAUUAACCCUCCAGGUGAACAAGAACGUGCAACAAUAUCUGAAAGCAUGGCUUGCAAAAAUAGAUUUUUUUACCCCAAUAGAUUUUCAUGUUUACUAUAAUGUAAUAUUUUUCAAAACUGCAAAUUUGAGACCUCUAUAACGAAUAGAAGUACACAACAGGUAAGAUUCACAGGAUUCUUUUAUUAGCUGCAAACACUUAUAGAGACAUUUAAUUUUAUCAGUGAGUUGUUUUGUGAAAUGUGCUCUGUUACUUUUCUCCUUUAUGGAAUAGAGUAAUUGAUUUGAAAAUAUGUUGUGGCAGGAUCAACAAAGAGACUUGAGAAUGAAAAACACAGGAACACUUUCCAAACUAUUUUAUAGAAACCAGAAAGAUUACCAAACCUGAUAAUACGGUGCUUUGCCCUGUAUGAAAGUUGCUGCUGUUCACAUUUGUGUUUUGGUUCCCUGAGCUAACAUAUGGCGUCCAUAACCCCCUACUGCUGAAGGCAGCAGCAGGAGGAUGGCUGUUUAGUUCACAAUGGAGCGGAUGGAAAUCUUGUGGGCCUGCCUGCAGCUAAAUCUGCCUCAGGCAGGCAAGCCAACAAAGUCUGGUUUCAAAUUUUGGAAGUGCUAGACUGGAACUUACAAAAGCUGUUAUUCCUUUAAAGGAAAAUAAAAAAUGGUGCAAACUUUG